AUGUCUAACAACAAUAACAACAAUUUUAAAAUUAAUAUUGCCAAUUUUUUGGAUUGGUGUGGUAAUAGACCUCGUAUGCUUGCCCUUGUUGGGUUGCUUUGUUCUCUAUUUAUUCUAUUUUUUGGAGAAUAUGUUGAAGAGAAUUUGGGAACAAAUAAAUUUUUUAGAAGGCAAAUACAGAGUGUGAGGAAUUUGUUAAAUUUUUAG